AUUGGGAUAAAAGGAGGCGAAAGAACGAAAGAAGUCGGAUAUUUCGGCGAGAUCUCCCCGUGGGCGAGAGGGGCCCGAGAGGAGUGAGUGAGUAACGUUUUGUAAUGGAGGUGUUGGCGCAUUGUCCUCUGUGCGGUGAGGAGGACAUGCCCAUGCGUUAUGUUCGUCGUGGAUGUGACUAAUAAAGUGCAGUGUGCCGGGGAGGAUUCGUCGCGUUCGACACGGUGGUGUAGUGGAGUAGUGCGAGCGAUAGGAUAGCGUUAGCGAAUUAUCCAAUACGACGACGUGCAUACAGCAUGGGGAUUGAAACGGUCAGUGACAAGCGAGGCAAGUCAAACAAGUAAGAAGUAGUAAGAACGAGAGAGCCAGCGUUAUGGUCGGCAGCAGUCGGGGCCGGGAGUAGGUAGAGUAGAGUGUAGAGUCGGUUAGAAACCAAUCUACCUGUGUGUCACACGAGCGGCCAUUAACUUUCCCCGUGGCCGUGCCUCUGCCGAGUUUUUAAAUUCGUUAACGUUAACGACACCCGAGGAAUAGUUAUCCCCUUGCCUUGUCCUCCCUCCCUCCCUCCCUCCCCCCUCAUCCUCUUUCCCUCGCCGCCGCCGCUGCUGCUGCUGCUGCUGUUGCUGUUGCUGUUGCCGCUGCUUCGUCGUCGACGACGAGGAGGAGUGCGACGGCGAUCGGUCAUCGGUGUAUUCCGACCACGGUGUGUGCGCGCGUGAAUCGUGUAUGUGUUUCACGUCUGAGGUUAUUCAUUUUUUUUUCUUACCUUUAUUUUCGUUCUCUUUUUUUUUUCUUCCUACUAUCAUCACCGUCAUCGUUAUCGUCAUCAUCAUCAUCAUCAUCACCAACACCAACACCAACACCACCAUCACCACUACUAUUACUACUACUACUACUACUAUUGCUAUCGGUACUCUUCUAUCGUCAUCAACGAAAUUCUUUACUCAUUUUGGUAAAGAAGAAGAAGAAGAAGAAGAAGAAGAAGAAGAAAAGGAGAAGGAAGAGAAAGUGCGACGACGAACGACAUCGACGAUCUCGUUUUGUGCUGUGUUUACGAAUCAGUGGUGGUGAAUACAGGUGUGAUUUAUCGAUAUAGGUACACACACACACACACAUACACACACGCACAUACAAUACACAUAUUACACUCGAGAUAAAAAAAAAAAAAAACUGAUAUCGACGAGGUGAAAAUCGCGAUACGGUUUUUCAAGCACGCGUUUUAUCGUCGAUUAUCGAAAUAUGGAAAAACGGGAGAGCCGCGACCCUCGGGCCAACAAAGAAAUAACCCGGGGUGGUGAACGUGACCGGGAUCAAGAAGCUGCCAAGAGGACUUCUAGGGGUAGCGGAAACGCUGCAGCCCGGGCCAACAUGCACGCCUCCCGACACAGCGUGACAUCAUCAUCCGGAGUUUUGAUGGUCGGACCGAAUUUUCGAGUCGGGAAGAAAAUUGGUUGUGGAAAUUUUGGCGAGCUUAGACUCGGCAAAAACCUAUACAACAACGAGCAUGUGGCUAUAAAAAUGGAACCAAUGAAGUCAAAGGCGCCGCAGCUUCACUUAGAAUAUAGGUUUUACAAAUUAUUAGGGACACAUGAGGGUGUCCCGGAAGUAUUUUACUUUGGGCCUUGUGGAAAGUACAACGCCCUGGUGAUGGAACUACUCGGCCCAAGCCUGGAAGACUUGUUUGACCUCUGUGGCAGAAGAUUUUCUCUAAAGACCGUCCUUAUCAUUGCCAUGCAGCUCCUUCACAGGAUAGAGUAUGUCCAUAGCAGGCACUUAAUUUACCGCGAUGUAAAACCAGAGAACUUCCUCAUCGGCAGGAGUACGACCAAAAGAGAAAAGACAAUUCAUAUAAUAGAUUUUGGAUUAGCCAAAGAAUACAUAGACUUGGAGACGAACAAACACAUACCUUAUCGGGAACAUAAAAGCCUGACGGGUACGGCACGCUACAUGAGCAUCAAUACCCACCUUGGAAAAGAACAGAGCAGGAGAGAUGACCUGGAAGCUCUGGGCCAUAUGUUUAUGUAUUUUCUACGAGGUAGUUUGCCGUGGCAGGGACUUAAAGCGGAUACGUUAAAAGAGCGUUACCAAAAAAUAGGGGACACGAAACGUGCCACGCCAAUAGAAACUUUGUGCGACGGUCAUCCUGAGGAGAUGGCUACGUACUUGCGCUACGUGAGAAGAUUAGACUUUUUUGAAACACCAGACUACGAACACCUGAGGAAAUUAUUCCAGGAUCUAUUUGACAGAAAAGGAUUUGUUAACGAUGGUGAAUUCGACUGGACGGGGAAGACCAUGCCACCCAACUUUACGCAACUCAGAGCGAUACGGAACGCUGCUCCUUCUCAUAUUGGAAAAACCAAAUCUGAUAAGUCCACGCCGGUCGGAUCAUUGCAGACUGGACACGAAAUUGUUGUGUCGCCAAACCGAGACCGGCAUCCCACCACAAAUAAGGGUGUGACGGGUGUAGGGGUGGGUGGAGGGGGCGGUAAAGGGGUGGGAGCUGUGUGGCCUGAUACAGUGAAGCAGUCGGGAGCCGGUGGUACUUUAACGCCUGCUGACAGACACGGCUCCGUCCAGGUUGUAUCUUCAACAAACGGAGAACUAGCAAAUGAUGACCCAACUGCUGGGCAUUCAAAUACCCCAAUUACAGCACCUCAGGAAGUCGAAAUGGUGGAUGAGACCAAAUGCUGUUGCUUCUUCAAACGAAAGAAGAAGAAGAGUGCUCGACAGAAAUGACUGUCUAUGGCUGUUGGGCUUGGGGGGACUGUUCAGUGCGCAGGGGUUAGUGUUGGGGGUAACGGAACAGGUGGGGGUCAGCGCGAAAUUGUUACACUACUACGACCAGAUUGGCGCUGCUCCGCAUCUCGAGACUCCAUACUUCACACAACUACAACCACUACGCCCACACCUACGCCACCUCCUUUGUAAAACUAAGCGAUUAUUACCAUUAUUAUUAUUAUUAUUAUUAUUAUUAUUAUUAUUAUUAUUAUCAUUAUCAUUAGAAUUAUUAAUAUUACCGUGACUGAUGUAGUCAAGACAUCAUUCGUCAUUAUUUUUCAGAGUCGAUAUAUCAUAAUAAAUCUGGAAUAUUGGAUCGGGAGACGUUAUACUAAUACGUUUUGAAAUUUUUCCUAAAUUAUCGUUCAAUUUCGAAUCAACAGCUGGCAUGGUAGCGAGUAGUGUUUGAAUAUAGGGUAAAAAUAAAACUAUUCACGCUACCUGCGUCUGUGACUUUUUGUUUUACUACUGUUAUCAUUAUAAUCAUACAAUCAUUAUACGUGUGUGUAUGUGUGUGUAUGUAUAUGUGUGUGUACAUACAUACGUACAUACAUACAUACAUACAUAUAUUACAAAUUAUACUAGUAAUACGUCCUGUUUUUGUCAUGCUUUAGUAAUUCAUUACGAUAAAAUACAGUGACCUGAUUGUUAUUUUUUACUACACACCUUUCUCAUUUUUUUAUAUAUCACGUUCAACUACUGCAGGUAUUGGACAGAAUAUUUAAACAUAUGUAAGGCAACAGCUACUUCUAACGCUGAAGCUUGAAAUGCGCAAAAAAGCUUCUUGCUAUGUCAACGUAGGUUGUCUAUCGAUCUAUUUGUAGCAUGUACAUAUGAAUUCUGUUUUAGAUGCUUAAAUAACUCUUUCUCUCGCUGCUAUGUUAUCACAAAACAACUGGCUGUCCAGUUUUUGCCGUAGGUUUUAUGUUAGUAUAUCGAUUCCCGAACAAUUUGUAAGGUUGUUGAAACUGGAUUUGAAGCACUUCAUGCUAAGCCGGCCUUAGUUUUUAAUAUCAAACAUUUGCAUCGGCAAUAUAUGAAUUCAAAUAAUUGAAAUUUCAUUAUCAUAGUGAAAAGAACUCAAGUAAUUAACUAUUAAGAGUCCAAUAGAAUUAAAAGUGCUGGGUUAAUCCAAUACAAAAUAAUCAACAUGGAAUUAUUGUAGUCAAGCCUACAGAUCCCUGACUGGAUCAUAUUUAAAAAUAAAUCGUGACGUAGUCCACUUUUCACAUCGGAUAGAAAAUUUAUAUUAUCUGACACACAAGCGGGCGUAUUUCGAUUGAGUGAUAAGUAAAGUUGAUCACCAUCGAAUUACGAGCUUGACUGCUUCAGCUAUGCCAAAGAAUAAGCUAAAUGAAGCGAAACGAAAUGAAGUGAGUUGAAAUUUUUAGGUUUUUUUCUAUUUUUCAAAGCUAAAUGAAAUCUGUGUUUAGAGUGUUUUGAUACUUGGGAUGAAGAAUUGAUUUACACAACUGAUGGUUAAUGGUGCGCUUUCGAAAUUGAUCUUUUUAUAAUAGAAAUAUCCAGCACUUUUCCUCUAUACUCUUAGGAACAAAAAAAAAAAAAAAAAAUUAAGAAAAGUUUCCAAAAUUUGUCACCUUUGAUCGAAACGUAGAAUACGAAUAUCAAGAAAGUAUUUUUGGUCUGAAUAAUAAUCAUCAAAUUAUAUUAGGAAACAAUGAGCUUCACUGUACAUUUAAUUGUCUCAAGGUCCAACUAAUCUAUUCAGCUGACAAACGUGUCAUUACAAAAAACAUCAUUGAAGGACUGACCACCAUGAAAUCUGGUUUUAACGUGCUCAGAUACUUAACUCUAUUGACAUUUGAAAUGUGGCUGAUGAACAAUUGCAAAAAAUACGUAGCUUCGGUCUUAUAGCUAGCAAUGUAUGCAUGUAGGGACUUCUCCGUUGCUUUUACAGAUCAAGUUUGGCAGCGUCUAGCUAAUACUGAUCAUUUGAAGAGUUUUAAAACUGCCAAUAACUUUUGAUAUGACUUGCCUUACACCGAGUUUUUUUCGUUUCUGUCUUUGUCAUUACAAAUGAUUUCAGUUUAUGUAGUAGAACCGUUUCAGAACGGUGUUCUACAACUAUUUGACGUGAUGAAAUUGUCCACGUGAAGUAAAUCCGUUACUUUUACUAAAUUCGGAGUAUAUUCUAGUCUUCGUUUGUUGAUUUUUCAUUUCUUUGAAUUUUUAUACUUAAAAAACUGGGGUAUUGAAUUCAAAAACCAGCAAGAUCUCCAUUAAGUUCGAUACGCAUUGAAAAGUAAUUAAUAUCGAAAUGGGUUACAUCCGUGCACUGUUACCAUGUAAUUUUCUAAUAAGUAGAUGUAUCAAAUCGCACUGGCAGAAGAAACUGACUUACGUGUACAUGUAACUUGAAAAUGAUUCAGGUAAUGAUUCAGGUUUCAGUUACACACCUUCAAGACAUCAAUUUUAAUUUUCGAGCGGUGUGAAAAGUAAAAUCACUCUUUGGAAAAGCAAAACCUGAAAUUAUUGGUAUUGAUAUUUGUACGGCACCAUUCAGUUAUUAUCAAUCAAUUCAUAUGGUUGAAAGAACAUGUAGAUUUUUAGCGAUAGGAGUAAAUUACCCGAGUGACCAAAUUUUACAUGUAUAAAUAACUUGUCUACAUAUACAUAUACAUACAUGUAUACAGAUAUAUGUACCUUAGAACAAAAGAUUAAUAUUAAAGUGCUUUGUCGAUGCCCAACAUUGAUUUGUCCGAGAAAAAAACAAAAGAAACAAAAAAAGUAAUAAUAUCAUUGCUAAUGUAUAUCUGUGCUCAAUUUUUGUCACUAAAAUAACUCAUCAUAAGUUGAGCCACAACAGCAAAUUACUCAUUCCAUUAUACCAAUAAGAUGACUAAUAUAUUUGCUAUCAGUGAGUUAAGUGCCUGAUCACAUUAAUUCACGACAAAAUAGGUAAUAAUUCAUAUCCAGCACUUUAACUAAUACAAUAUUUCCAGUGUAGAAAUAUAAUACGGGAAAACGUUUUCUUACAAAAAAACAAAAAAAUGACAAGCAAAAAAGUAGAAAAAAAAGAGUAAAUAAUCGAAUCACUCACUUAGUAAUCAUCUAUCGGUGUUAUUCACCAAAAAUAACCACUUACUUACCCUUGUCUGGAUUAUCAAUAAAGAACUCGCAAUACCCUGCCCUUCUUUUAGCCUGUCUUGACAAGCGGCCGGAGCUCCAUUAGAGUGGAUCUGAAGAAGUUAUUUCCCGGUGAUCAAGUCAGGAAUCAGAAAUCUGUUACUUACACCAAUAUUUCACAAAUUUCGCAAUCAUGAGAGAAACAAAUAGGAAAAUGAAAGAAACAUAUUCUAGUUCAGUUUUGUAUGUAUUGAUAGCGUGUAUUAGAAAAUAUCAUGACUGGUAAUUCAGUACAAUUAUCAUUCACGUUAAACUGUCUAUUUAAAUUCCUCCCAGAUAACAGCGACACACAUUUUCCGUAAAAAAUUGACAUCUUACAAGUCUGCAUAGCAAAUGUGGCAGUUUUGAUGACAACAGCUAUCUCUAUUACUACCAAAUUGUAGUUUAACGUCUUAACAUUAGAUAAAGAAGGCAAUGUUAUCUCAGUGUAUCCAAACAAUGUUCUCACUCAACAAAAUACGUUUCUGAUUCUGACGAAGAUGCAGUGAAUAUUAUUUCAUAGUCCGAAUAAUUGAUAUGAGAGACAGUCUUUUCUACCUUACCUUAA